AUGGCUGCGGUUAUCACGGCGAACGUUUCCCACGGGCUCAAGAACAGCGAUGGCGUCUCACGGCUACCACUGUCCCGGACCCAGCGCUCCCGGCGCCGCAGUUGGCGAAUCCCUGCCUUUCUCAGCGUCUGCCUGCUCAUUGCUUUCGCGGUCUUGCUGGUCAUCACAAUCGUUUCGAAUCCCGCUGGUGGAGCACCGAGAGGCUGCCUGAUCGCGAGCACGCCGCACGGUUACGCCCUCGGAAGCCUGCUUCAGUUCGAAAUCAAGGGCAAAUCUUACAGCUCGGUGGCCUUCUACGGCAUCCCGUUCGGCGACCCGCCGGUCGGCGACAGACGCUUCGCCGAGCCCCGAUGCGCCAAACCACCACGGAGCCACCUGUUGAAUGCCACGUACAAGCGACCACCCUGCGCACAGACGGAUACUCGCUUGACUCGCGACUAUUUCGUCAGCGCCGCCAACACCACCGAAGACUGCCUGCACAUCAACGUCUGGGUGCCGGGUUCCUGCAUGGAACCGCUGCUGAGCCCGGCAAACCGCCGCGCCGUCGUGUUCUGGCUCUACGGCGGCGCCUUUGUGAGUGGAGGCAACAGCUACGACUUCUACGACGGACGCUUCCUGGCCUGCUUGGGAGACGUCCUCGUCGUGGCACCAAACUACCGCUUGACCUCAUUCGGCUUCCUCAAUUCGGGAACGGACCGUAGCAUCGUGGGCAACAUGGCGCUGUACGACCAGCUGCUGGCGCUCCGUUGGGUUCGCGACAACAUCCACCGCUUUGGCGGAGACAGCGACCGCGUCCUGAUCGGCGGCCAGAGCGCCGGUGCCAUUACGAGCUCCAUGUUCAUGAUGAGCCCCAUCAUGUCCCAGUACGGUCCGUUCCGCAGGGUUCUCCUCAUGAGCGGCUCGCUGUACGCCCCGUUGCCUAAGAACAAAGGGCGUAACGCGCGAAAGAGCUUCUCCCACGUGGCUGCCAAAGCCGGCUGCGAGUCGGCCAGCGUCGACGACACCGCUCGCUGCCUCCGAAACCGGAGCGCCACAGAGAUCUUGGAGGCUACAAAGGGCGUCGGUCUAUACCUGAUGCCGGCCAUAAAGGCGCCCCUGUUUCCGGGCGGUUUGGAAUCGCUCCAACGUCGAUUCUUAAAAGCCCGAGCCCGCGACACGCUGAUUUCCACCGCGGCGUUGGAAGGGCAGGCCUUCUUCGAACUGCUCCUGCCUGGCCUUGUAGGUACGCAGAAAAACAUCACGGUAGGUAUGCUGAAAGAAGCAUUUCCCUAUCUGUUCGGUAACGUGGAGGACUCUGUUGUCAGCUUCGUCAUUUCUUACGUGGGGACCCUGUACGACCUCAACGCCCCGAACCACCGCGGAUGGAUAGAGGUGAUCGGCGACACCAUGUUCCGCUGUCCGGUCGCUGCGUUCGGAAAAGAUAUGGCCGCCAUGGGGAAGAAUGUAUACUACAUGCAGUACACACCCAGACCGUCUUUUUCCAUAUUUUCGGGAGAGAAGGCGACGCACGGAGACGACGUGCCGAUGCUGUUUGGGUACCCGUACUUGUACCCUUAUCUGGCAACCGACGAAGACAGAGCCAUGUCCUACAGAAUGAUCUCCAUGGUAUCGAGUUUCGCAAAAAACGGGUCUCUACCGAACCUGAUCGAUGGCAAGCCGUGGCCGCUGUUUGCGGACGCGUCCAACUACCAUUUCGUGGACCACACGAACGCUGGUUUCAUGUCGGGCGGUCCCGUCCGUGAAUGUCCCUUGGACAGUAUCAUCAAGAGCCUCGUCACUUCGGGGAAGCUGGGCCGGCGAGCAGUCGACGGUGCUUGGAAGCCAGAAGUCGUCAGGCUGGCGCUGGAGAUGCUCGCCACAUUACCGGCGCGGGCGCUUGAACUCGCCGCCCGCGCUCAUGCGGAUGCCUACGAUAGCCAAUAA